AGAGAGUAUUAGACAAAAAUCAUCAACUUAUUCUGAAAAAUGGCUUCUCCCAUGUUUCUCAUUCUCAUGUUUUUGUUGACACCAAUGUUGUUAUCCUCAUCUCAAGCAAGGGACUUUCAUGUUGGUGGGAAAAAUGGGUGGGUCCUUAAACCUUCUCAGGACUACAAUCAAUGGGCUCAAACAAACCGGUUUCAAAUUAAUGACACUCUCCAUUUCAAGUACAAUAAAGAAAAUGAUUCUGUUCUGGUUGUGAAGAAAGAGGACUAUGAUUUAUGCAACACCAGCAAUCCAAAGCAAAAGAUGGAGGGUGGAGAUUCGAUCUUUAAAAUUAGUGAGUCCGGUUUGUUUUUCUUCAUUAGUGGCAACGUUGACCAUUGUAAAAAUGGUCAAAAGGUUAUCAUUUUAGUUAUGGCUGUGAAACACCACACUCCUCUUCUUAGUCCAAGUGCACCACCGUCUCAGUCGCCGGCAAGUGGGUUGGUGCCUCCUCAUAUUCAUUCGUCCGAUUUGGUUACUCCGGCGCCGUCUCCUUCGGAAGCUUGUGUUGGUGUUAGUGUGGGUUUUUGGGUUGCGAUAUUCAUGUUGAGUGGUUAUGUAGGGCUUGUUUAUUAGUGUGCGUUGUUAUGACUUAUGAGACAUGUCCUUGGAUCUGAUGAGAAAUAAAAUGUUUCGUGAUUUCUGAUUUUCUA